AUGGAGAGGUCUCUUAGGCUUUUGUUGCUGCUAAUUGGAACUUUUUCCGCCAUUCAUACUGUUCAAGCUCAGAGUAAGAGCCAAGAAGGGUUCAUCAGUUUGGACUGCGGGCUGCCCGCUAAUGAACUGUCUCCUUAUAAAGAGGAGUUUACUAACUUACAGUUCUCUUCGGACGCAACAUUCAUCCAGAGUGGAAAAACUAGUAGAAUCCAAGCAAAUCGGGAGAGUGACUUCCUGAAGCCAUACCGGACGCUGAGAUAUUUUCCAGACGGAACACGGAACUGCUACAAUCUAAAAGUUGAGAAGGGAAGAAAUCAUUUGAUCAGGGCUAGGUUUGUAUAUGGAAAUUAUGAUGGUCGUGACAUUAGCCCCAAGUUUGAUAUGUAUAUUGGACCUAAUCCAUGGGUCACAAUAGAUUUGGAAAGGCUAGUGAAUGGUACACUAAAAGAGAUCUUUCACAUCCCAACAUCGAAUUCGUUGCAGAUUUGUCUUGUUAAGAAUGGGACGACUACACCGAUGAUCUCAGCCUUGGAAAUACGGCCAAUGGGAAAGGAUUCUUAUAUCACCAAGUCUGGUUCUCUGGCGCUUUUCAAUCGAGUAUAUCUUAGCAAUUCAAGUUCUUAUCUAAGGUACCCGGAUGAUGUCUACGAUCGCCAAUGGUUUAAGUAUUUUAAGACGGAGUGGACCCAAAUUUCCACCACUAGCGAUGUGGGCAAUUCUAACGGCUAUGACCCACCCAAAGUUGCGCUCACUACUGCUGCCACGCCUACUAAUGCCAGUGCGCCAUUGACGAUUGAAUGGAGUUCAGCAAAUCCUGAAGACGAAUAUUACUUGUAUGGACACUUUGCUGAGAUCCAAAACUUUCAGACCAAUGAUACCAGAGAAUUUAACAUUCUAAUGAAUAGAAUACUUCUUUUUGGCCCUCUAAUUCCUGAAAAGUCAAAGAUAAAUACUAUCUAUAGCACGUCAUCGGUAACUUGUGAUGAAGGGAGAUGCAGUUUUCAGCUCAUAAAAACCAACAGAUCAACUCUUCCACCUUUUCUUAAUGCUUUUGAGGUCUACAGAGUUAUACAGUUUCCGCAGUCCGAAACAGAUGAAAGUGAAGUCACUGCUGUCAAAAAUAUUGAAGCCACCUAUGGAUUGAGUAGAAUCAAUUGGCAAGGUGAUCCAUGCGUCCCUCGGCAGUAUAUGUGGGACGGCUUAGACUGCAGCAACACUGAUAUUUCUACGUUACCAAGAAUCACUACUUUAAACUUGUCUUUGAAUGGUUUAACUGGAACCAUAGCAGCUGCCAUUCAAAAUCUUACGAAACUAGAAAAACUGGACUUGUCGAAUAAUAACUUGACUGGAGAGGUGCCAGAAUUUCUAGGCAACAUGAAAUCAUUGUUGGUCAUAAACAUAAGUGGGAACAAUCUUAAUGGUUCGAUCCCUCAAUCUCUACAAAGGAAAGGACUCGAGCUACAUUAUCAAGGAAACCCAAGUCUGUCUCCCCUUGGCACAUCAACAAAACGACAUGGCAAGAGCGUUCUAAUUCCAAUUGUUGCAGCAGUUGGUUCUGCAGUCAUCCUCAUUGUUGUGCUGGUUCUUUUUCUUGUUUUCAGGAAGAAAAAGCCAUCAACUGUUAAAGUUGUUCACCCGCCACUGAGUAGGCCAACAAUGAAUGCUACAUAUGCUAAUUCACCUGAGCCAUCAAUCGAGAUGAAAAAGAGAAGGUUUACUUACUCGGAAGUUGUGAAAAUGACAAAUAAUUUCGAAAGAGUUGUAGGGGAAGGAGGAUUUGGCGUCGUCUGUCACGGUACUACUGUAAAUGGUUCUGAGCAGGUAGCUGUUAAACUACUAUCUCAAUCAUCAGCUCAAGGCUAUAAAGAGUUCAAGGCAGAGGUUGAUCUUCUUCUGAGAGUUCACCAUACGAAUUUGGUUAGCCUUGUUGGAUAUUGCGAUGAAAGAGACCAUUUGGCCCUCAUCUACGAGUUUGUACCUAAUGGAGACUUGAGACAACAUCUGUCAGGAAAAGGAGGCAGACCCGUCAUCAAUUGGGGUUUUCGGCUAAGAAUAGCUGUGGAGGCAGCACUAGGUUUGGAGUACUUACACAUUGGAUGCACACCGCCAAUUGUUCAUAGAGAUGUCAAAACUACAAACAUAUUGUUGGACGAGCAUUACAAGGCCAAACUCGCUGACUUUGGGCUCUCGAGGUCAUUCCCAGUUGGAGGAGAAUCUCAUGUUUCGACGGUGGUUGCUGGUACUCCUGGUUACCUUGAUCCCGAAUAUUAUCAGACAAGCCGGUUGGGUGAGAAAAGUGACGUGUACAGUUUCGGGAUUGUGUUAUUGGAAAUGAUCACAAACCAACCAGUGAUUGAUAGAAACCGCAGAAAUUCUCACAUAACACAAUGGGUUGGGAAUGAGCUUAACGGAGGAGAUAUUACUAAGAUCAUGGAUCCAAAGCUUAACGGGGAUUAUGAUUCUCGCUCUGCCUGGAGAGCGCUUGAGCUGGCGAUGUCGUGCGCAAAUCCAUCUUCGGCAAAACGACCAACCAUGUCUCAUGUUGUUAUAGAAUUAAAAGAGUGUAUUGUGUCUGAAAACUCGAGGGGAAAUAUGAGUCGAGGCAUGGAUUCACUUAGUUCCCCUGAAGUGAGCAUGGUCUUUGAUAGUGUGAUGAUCCCCAGAGCAAGGUAG